AUGUCCGGGCUGCGGGGGCAGAGCAGCGCCCUGGGCAGCUGCCGGCGGGACCGGUCCGCACACGCUCGGCCGGGCAGGGCUGCAGCCCCCCACUCGAGCCCCGCCCGGCCCCGUGCCUCGGCUCGGCAUGCCCAGGGGUCCCGUGUGCCCGGCGGGGCCGUUUGUGGGGCAGCGCUCGGGGCACCCGGGGCUGUGCCCGCGGAGCCAGCGCCCGGGCAAAGGUUCCUUUGGCUCUGCUGGUGUCGGGCGCGGAGCCGGAGCGAGGGAGCCAAAACUGCCCCCGUGCGGCCCCACAUGGAGCUCCCGGCGGAGGAUGGGGCUGAGGCACCCCAGGAGGGGAACCCCGAGGCUGAGGUGCCCGAGGGGCCGCAGCGCCCGGCGGGGCAGUGGUCGGGGGCCGAGGUGGGCUCGUGGCUGGCGGCGCACGGCGGGCCGGCGGAGCUGGCCCGGGAGCACGCCCUGACGGGCCGGGCGCUGCUGCGCCUCAGCGAGGGCUCCCUGCGGCGCAUGGGGGUCACCCCGCGGGGCCGGCGCCGGGACCUGCUGCGGGAGCUGCUGUGGCUGCGGCUGCGGCACGACGUGCAGGAGCUGCGGAGCAUCGCUGCCGAGUGAAGAUGAUGUCCCUGUGGAUGUCCCAGAGCCUGUGGGAGCAGAGGAGAUGCUGUGUGAGGACAAAGCAGCUGGGACUGAGCAACACAUGCAGGAACAGUGCUGGAGGAGCCCCAAGAUCACUGUGACCCCCCAAAAAUGCAGAGCCUGCCCAGUGCAGGAGUUGAACAGCAGAACCUUAGAAGCAAAAUUUGAUUCACGAGGCUGGGCAGUUACCCCAAGCAGGUGGAAAGCAGUCCCAGGACUGAUCUUGUGUGAAAUAGGGGGUCACAAACACAAAGACACUCAUUGGAGUGCUGAAAAACUUUUAAAACGUUUGCAAAAAUCUAUAAUUUGGUCUAAAAUGGCCCAGAUUGUGCAAUCAAGGAUCCAACAAAGUGUAGUUUGUUAAAGAAACAGCACUAACAAGGCUAACAAAAUAAUGCUGGGAGCCAUAAAACCUGGAAAUGUUCUGGGUGAACAUUGGCACGUUGAUUUUACUGAAUUGCCCAGACAAGGCGGGGUAUAAAUCCAGAAAUAUAAAAUUCUGGUGGAUUCCUUCUCUGGGUGGCCAGAAACCUUCCCUUGUCACACCAACCUGGUUAGGGAAGUGACUAAAGUACUGUCAAAUCAAAUAAAUACAAAAAACCAAAAAUCAAAUAAAUCAAAAAUUGGGGGUAACUUUGGGAGUGUCAUCAGACAGAUUCCCAUGUUAUUGCAGAAAUGAUACAACAGCUUAGGAAAGCCUUGGGAAUAGCUUGGGAUCUUCACACUCCUUACAGGCCCCAGGCUAGUGGCAAAGUGAGUGAAUUAUGCAAUCAAAUUGCAAUUGGGUAAAUCGUGUCAGGAAAGCUCCUUGACCUGUGUCCAAGCCUUACCUGGUGCUCUGCUUCAAAGCAGAAUUCAGCCGUGGGGCACCAGCAAAAUCAGCCCCUGUGAGCUGCUCUGUGGUCGACCCUACCAAGUGCCACACUCCAGGAAACACACAUGUUAAAAAGCAGAGGUUGAUUUGAAUAAUUACCUCAUUUCUCUCAGUAAAACCUUUCAGGAUUUGCAGUGGUUGGACACACCAGGGCACGAGUUCCAACCAGGAGAUUGGGUCUGUUUGAAUGACUGGGGAGCUGCUGCACUCCAACCAAAGUGGAAGGGACCUUUCCAAGCACUGCUGACAACUUUUACUGCGUUGAAAUGGCACAAAGUAAAAUUUUGGAUACCUUGUUCCAGAAUUAAAAGGGCCUAAGCCCCUUGGGAAGAAGUCAAGAGCUUGUCACGAGCUGUUUUACAAAACCAAAUGGCACUAGACCUUGUUUUAGCAUCACAAGGAGGAACAUGGACUGUAAUUAACUCCAGUUGCUGUGUAUUCACUGACCAAAAAACACUGUAGAGUGUCUACAGUUGUCCAGGAAAUCUGGAAACAAACCCAAAUUUCAAAACCAACAGCUCCUGGCGAUUUGAAGAAAUCUGGACCAAAUGUCCUUCAUGGAUACCCAGCUGGACGUGGUGAAACAUCUGUUUAUAAUCACCACCUUAAUAAUUGCUGUAUGGUUUUAGCCAGCAUCAAGAUUCAGUGUUGCAGCUGUUUUAAUGCCUUACACUCCUAAAGGAAAUAAAAAUCUUAAGAGACUGGUUCCCUAAAGAACUCAGAAUAAUGAAGAGGAGGGAUUUGAUAUGGACAGGAGAACAGCACAGCCUUGGAGAAACAGAUAAAGGAUGUAACUCAGGCAAACAGAAGUCAUGAAAAUUGGGAGCAGGAUACCAGCUCAGCUGUGCAAGGCUGACAAAGCAGAAGUUGUGCAAACCAAGGAUAUUUCCCUUACUCAAAAGUGGGGGUCAAGGAACACGCCCCUAAAAAGGACAUGGAAUUUUAAAGACAGACCCCCAGGAACCACAUAAGGACUCCUGGUAAGGGGUGUGACUGUGUAAAAUAAAGUCAAGUAUGCAGGGACAGCUAAUGAAUAUGCAAUCAGUUGUAUGAUAAAAGCUUUGUUCAUCCAACACUGUCAGACUUGAUUAGAAGAAGUAUCCCCCAAAUGACCAGUGCUGCAAUAAAGAAUGGCAGACACGUCCCAUGCUA